UAACUUUCUUCUUGUUUGGGUUUGGUCUGAAAAAGAAGAAAUCCGAUCUCUACUUUCUCCUCUUUUGAGCGAUUUUUUAGGGUUUCAUUCUUGAAAUUAACUCUUCGCAGCUUCAGUUUAACAAUCACGGUUGAAAAACAAUGUCUGAUAUGAAAAGACCAGCAAAGAUUCCUCGUUUCUGCGGCUCUGAAUCAAUUGCAGAUACUAUCAAACUCUUCCCUCUUCUUCUACGAGAUGAAGAUGGAAUCUUGAAAUCAGCUGGGAAGAGAAGCGUGAAACUAAUUAUGGAUUGCUGUUCCUUACCAAAAGAGAAUGGGUCAUGUCCUCAAGGGGAGGAUUCACAUUUCAUCUGUGACUGCGAACAGGUUUUUGGUGUGGCUGAUGAGGUCAGUGGUUGGGCCAAGGGUAUCGACGCCGGAGAAUACGCUGGAGAACUUAUGUUGAAUUCUGCAAUGAAAGUUAAAGAACUAUCCAGAGGCUCUGUUAAUCCAUUGUCUGUGUUAAACGAAGCUUACUCUAAAACAAAAGCCCAAGGUCUUCCACUGCUUGUAUCGUACCUUUGAGAGAAGAGGAUAAUAGCUUGCAUUGUGCAAAUGUUGGAGACAGUGGAUUCAUGGUGAUAAGAGGGGAUAGAAUCGUCCACAGGUCACAAACACAACAGCGCAGAUUCAAUUGCCCUUUUCGACUGGGGAUCACUAGGGGUUUGCAUAAUAACAUUUCUAUUUCUGUAUUUCUCCCUAUUUUAUUCUAUUUCUGUAUUUCUCCCUAUUUUUUUUUCUUAGGAACAAAAAAGGAUUAUAAAUCCAUUUGUUACUACUGGUUGAUUCUUUUGUUCCUAAGAAUGAAUUGGGGAAAAAAAAAUUUGUUGAGAAAUGGAAAAAAAGAAGCUACAAUUUGAAAAUAUAUAUUUUGCA